ACUACCGUCUGAAAUCUUUAAAAAGAAAUCACAGAAAAUAAUUUUUUUAAAUCUAAUUAUAUUCUGAAAAUAAUUAAAUUCAUUAAUGUCCAAUUAAAAAAAAUUGUACGGAUUUCAAAAUAUUUUAAACUAUAAUUUAUACAGUUCUCCGUUAAUACCUAGGUGGAAAAUAUUUUGAAACUGAAAAAUAAAAAAUAAAAUAAAAAAAGAAAAAAAUGGCACAGAAAUUUAGACACCUGGUCGGAAAAAACGAGGUGCCACGUCAUCAUUUGGUCACUGAAAAAAGUAAAUAAAUAAUCAAAUUAUUAUUGCAAAAUCAUUCGGACAACUUAAAAUUCCGGCGCCGACAAUCUUCUCCGAUAGGCCGGCGAUUAUCUCCGACCGAAAGCCGAACACCUCGGAAACUCCGUUUCCUCCUCCGAUCUUCUACUCCGACCUGCAGCUAACUGGUGAUGUCUUCCGAAGACAGACGAUUCUCCGGCAAAGUUUAUCGCCGUAGAAGCCGUAAGGAUGUUUCUCCGGCCGCUGCCACCGAUGUAACUGCACCUGAGACCAAGCAACCGGAAAAGGUCAUUGAUGUACCAAAAGAUCAAACCCUAGAGAGAGAGAAGAGGAGCAGAAAGCCGAAUAGGUUUUACGACAACUCUGAGUAUUAUCUCGCGAAGGACAAACUGCCGUUUGAAAUCUAUAAGAAAUCGAAGAACCACAAAAAGGAGGCGAAGAUCAAAGGGUUUGCUACUGGAUUGAAACAAGGUACAAGUGGUGAAAUGCGUACUGACAGUACUCAUGUUGAAGGUGACAAAGAGACGGAUAAUGGAAACAGCGCUCCAGGAUCAUCCUAGUGAAGAUUUGUGUUACUGAGAGGGAGCAUUUUGAUUUAACCAUUAUGGAAAUUUAAAUAAAUUGUAUAACAUAGUUGAGUUGCUUGAUAUGACAUGUUUAUCUAUUUUUAUUGAAUGAAAUGUUUGUAUGGAGACAUAUCUUUCUUGAUAUGUAGUUUGUAUGUUACAUUUACUUUUCAGUUGGUAGAAAUGAGAGUUCAUGAG